AACCCGGGGAAAUCAAACGUGUCUCACAACUAACUGUCCGUGGAAAUACUUCAACUACUUCACAGUACUGUAACUGGACGCUACUCUUGUUCUUGGACCUGAAACAACAUGGGCAGCCACAGCGACUCCACCAGCGACCUGGACGAGGAGUUGCCUGUGUUUGACUUCCUCCAGCCUGGUCGCCACAGACAGAAAGCAGACAUGGUGGAUCUGGCUGAUUCUGAUGCAGAAAACGCAGUGCUACCCCCAGGGAAGAAUAAAGCAGGUGCACGCCGGGGGGUGGCUGAUGUAAUGAUGAUCAGCAGCGAUUCCGAUGAGGAUGAACCUUAUGUCCCUCUGGCACAGAGACUCAAACACAGACAAGACAAUGUGAUUAGUGCUUCCUCCGCUGUCACUAAUGGGAAAGAUGCUGAGCGGAACUCCCCAUCCAAUCUGCCCAGUUUGCAGCUCUCCUGCCAGAAUGGGUUUCCAAAACCACAGCCCCUGCUCAGCUACCGUCAGGUGAGCCAUAGUGCCUCAGAUGGUCCAGAGGAGGCGGCAGCUCUCCUUCAGCGAUGGCCAUGUACGAAGCCCGUCUCCAGUGCAGGGAGCAUCGACACCUCCCCUGCCAAGAGGAAUCCUGCCAAGCGGAAGGCAGGGGAGAUCCAGGCCUCCAGGGAGGAGGCUCUGAAGAGGAGGCAAGCCAGGGAGAGACAGCAGGGGGACAAGGAGGUGCUCCGGCUGGAGCAGGAGAGGCAGAAAGCAGAGAGAAAAGCUCUGGCAGAGGCUGCCAAGGCCCUGAAGCCAGAGGAGUGUAUCAAGCACAUGGUGGUGGCUGUGGACCCAGCUCUCUUACAGCUGGAGGGCGGCGGGACUCUGCUGGCGUCUGUGCAGGCUCUGGGCUGCAGUUGUGCCAUAGAGAAGCAACCCCUCCCACGCAGUGUCAGCUGGAUGAGGAGGGCUCCCUCUGCACAGCCAGAUGACGCCGUGUGUGUACCAGAGGCUCAUGUAGUGAUGCAGAUGACCGUUGAGGACUUCAGCUCUCUGAUCCACAGCUACGUUCAGGAAGAGAGACACGGCAGGUCAGACGCUAAUCCCACUCUUACGUCGUGGGUGCAGGACCAGCAGAGACGUAACCCUGGAAAGCUCCUCAGCCUGGUGGUCAUCGACAUGGAGAAAUACUUCAGAUCCCAGAAGUCACAAAGCCAGAAGAAGUUCCGAGAGGCUGUUACAAAUGAAGAGCGAGCCGGAGGAAAAGUGAGGAAGACAAGGAAGAAGGCUGGAGCUGAGGCGCUUCCUGAGGUGUCACGGGUUGAAGUAGAAGAGGCAGUGGCACAUCUCCAGCUCCACACUGGCGUCUCAGUCCGCUACUUGUCAACCUGGAAAGACUUCUCCGACCACAUCACCAUGACAACCAAAGCAGUUGCAGAGGCCCCUUUCAAGCGAGAGAGGGAGCAGACGGGCUUCUCUUUCUACUUGGAGAGCGAGUGGGCGGGCGGUCAGCGGGUGGAUAGAGCUGGUAAGGGCCUGCUGCAGGUGUGGAAGAGACAGAUCCAGCAGUUCAACAGAGUCAGCCCAGACAUGGCCGCAGCAAUCCUGGCAGCUUACCCAUCCCCACAGCUGCUCAAGAAGGCUUACAGUCUGUGCAAAACCGACCGCGAGAGGAUCUCCUUGCUGUCGGACCUUCUGAUCCGCAGAGGCGAAGGCGUGACCUCCACCACUCGGAGGGUCGGCCCAGAGCUUUCCAAACGCCUCUUCCUCAUGAUGAGCUCCCGUGACCCUGAGCAGACACUGGACGCCACUGUCUAACUCAUGAGAUGUUCCCAAUAUUGUUAUCAAUACUUGAAUUCAAUGUCUGCUUUUUUUAUGUUUUGUAAAUAUUAUAGUUUUAUGAAAAGAUCAUUUUAAACAUUUUUAUCAGGUUUUCACAAGAUAAUUAUUCCCAAGAAAAAUGGUAGUGAAUAUUUUACAACCAGUUUUAUUCUCGUAAUAAGCCGGAAUGGCGUAGCGUUAUGAGAAUGGGACCUGUGUUGAAAAGUGCACUCUCUCUUAUUUUUCAUUUUCAAUCCUUUUUUAUACAUUAUAUCAUGACCACACCAUAGUCAUGUCGUUCACCGUUAAGAUGCUGAACUCCGUGUGGAACAGCACCUCUGUGGCUCCCCUCUAAUCUGGUUUCAUCAAGCGUUAUAUGUGUAGUGUAACACCUCAGCCCCCUGUGUUUUAACUGCUGUCCAACUGAAUUAGAGUGGCCAAACCAUAAGCUUUCUGUAUCAUUGGGCUCGCCCAUGUCUUCAUUGCCCCUGUUUGUGUCGAGCCUUGUUACACCUGGCCCUGUUUGUGUUUUCAUGGAGUGCAAGUGUAGUAAAAUGCCACGACAAAUCUGCUCCACUUCACUUUGCAAUGCCCACGGCUCAUUUCCGCCGCAUUAGCAAAAAAUGGAGCCUGACCAAGAAAUGACGAGUGCCUGGAACAGAGGAAAAGAAGGAGAAAGAGACGAAUGUGUAACGAGCUGUUAAAUGGGCUUAAGAGAUGAGCAGCAUGCCUCACUCCUGGUCCUACAUGCAGGCAGGCAUAGAUAGGGACACAGCCAGGAAAGGAUAAGGGGAAAAUAUGUAAAAUGAUUAGGAGAUAAUGUUAAUGAAUGCAAAUGUAUUAAAGACUAAAAGUUGAGAUCCAGAAUGAUGACACCAGUCACAACUCCAGUGGCUAUCACAGUGAAGGACGUGAUUUUAGCUUGGUCUGUGUCCGUUACACUUACAUGGAAGAGGCAGGGUUUAUGACCUAUACUGCAGCUAGCAACCACUUUUAGGGAACUAGCUGUCAUUUUGUCCAUAUUUAUAGUCUAUAACCUGUGCUGCACACUAAACAUGGAGGUGAGUUUGUUAAUGUUGGCCUGCAUGAGUGCACACCAUCAAAGAUAACGUUUAAAGUUGGCAGCAUGAAUGCGAGUAAAAAAGUUUGUAGUCUCCAGAAGCCUGGCAGGUGAGUCAUUGGCAAAGAGACAAAUGAUCCCAGACACUGUUGGGAAACAAGUCUAACUCUGUAUGAAGUAUGUCCUCUGACUUAAAUCCAAUAGAACAUUUUAAAGUGGAGGGUAGAACAAAAACACACCUCCAGCAACGAGUAGCAGAUAGCAAUGAUGUGUGAAGAAUGGCAGAACCCUUCUCCGCAGAAGGGUAAAGACUGGUAUUGUCCAUAGCCAGGGGAUCUGCUCCGCCAUAAUAAAUAAAGGCGGACAUACAAAAGAUUGACAAAUUUCAAAUGGAAUCUUAGAGUUUGUCCUGACUUUUGUUGCAGUUGGUUCUUAAAAUAUGGAUGUUUAAUUGUAAAUUCAUCACUCCAACAUUUGUCUUUCUCAAAUAAAUUUGCUUC